AUGGGUUGGGCCCUGUUGUUGUUGUUGUUGUUGGUUGCUGUUGCUGUUGCUGUUGGUGGAUCCUGGGUGCCAGGUAUGAGCAAGAAAGAGGCGCAGAUACAGUGGGUGACCGUUGCGUUGAACGAGGCGGCGAUUGACUCGCCGUCCUUCCGGGCGUACGUGAACCACUACCAUACAAAAGUGACACGGCUGGAGGACUGGGUGCAGAGUUACGGCCAGACGGUCAAUUCGAAGUACGUGGAGACCGCGAAGGAGUUUCGGGCGAUCAAGCGCGGACUGUUGGGCAGUCUGUUGCCCCCGCCGGACCUGCUGGGAGGCGGUUUGACCGCUAACCAAACGUACGCGCCGCUUAUCGUGCAUCGGUUCAACGGCGACUACGAGGCGUUUAUCAAGAAAGUGUCCAGCGUCGUGUUCAUGAGGGACGGUACGUAUUCUGGUUUCAUCCAGGAACUGAUGCGCGAUGGGGUCGACCCCUACGAGGUGAAACGCAAGAAUUUCGAGUACUUUCAGAGUAAGUUUGACGCGGCGCUGAGCCAGUCGCAGAGUCUUGAGCGGGACGGGGAGAACUCUUCUCCACGGUUCUUGCGUGACGAGUCCGCCGGGCUUUUCGAUAUGUGGAAACAUUACUUGGACGCAUCGCUUGGUAUCGUCGCGGCCAUUGCGGAGAUACAGUUGCAUUUGGACCGGUUUCUAGUGCAAGUGACGAGUCAGAUCAACGCGCAGAAUAAGUUCUCUUUGUCGAACGCGGAGAAAGAGAUCAAUCUCGUUCCAGAGCUCGACGAUUACGUCAGCGACUACACCUCAUGGAUCAAUAUCACCUCGAAGACCGCGGGGCCUAUGCAGGAUGGGCUCAAGCAGUCUCAGAGGUACAUAUACCACCAGGCUAUGAAGGAGUUUGAACCUUCGCAGGAUCUCGCCGAGUACAACCUCGACAAGAUGAAUUUCGCUGGAUCGUCGACGGACUGCUUUGCACACGUCCGCCAGAAGAAGGCUGGAUGGCUGUACAUGAAAUCGUUCGUCGGGUCCGACAACAAAGAGGUGUGGGUCCGGCGGUGGUGCUUCGUGGACGAUCUCAUCUUCGGGAUGUUCCUGUUGUCGCCAGCGAAGACCUCCGUCGAGGAGACGGACAAGUUCGGUAUGGGCCUGAUCCGUGCGAAAUACCUACCCGAAGUGCCCCAGCGGUUUGCCUUCCAACUGACGAUAAAGGGAGCUGGAGCUGACAAGAAGAGCGACCUUGAACUCGUGUUCCAAGCGGAGAACGUCGAGUCCCUAAAAUCGUGGAUCCAGAUUUUCCAAAAGGCCAAGUCAAAGUACCUAACGCUAUUGGAGGACAAUAAAGUGGACGUCAGCUACGCGGCAAAGAGAUACCCUCCAAGAUUCUUAGAGUUUGCCUCGUCUCUAACGACAGUGAACGAUCAGUUGCUCACAACUUACGACUCGAAGGCAACAAUCUCUUUGAUCGAGAAGGUUAAGAAGGACUUUAAGACGGACAGCAUUGAUUCCUUAAUGGAGCAAAAAAGUUUUGGGUUCUUGCUUGCCUCCACGCCACUUUCUACUAAGUUGACCCCACUGGCACUGUUGUCCGGUGUCCAAAGAAACAAGUACGAGUUUUACGACGCAAUACAGGCAAACAUCUGGGGGGUGAACACCAUCAAUCAAAACGGUGGGGUUUCGAUCAAAAUCGGAGAGAGUAACAAAAGACUGAAGGUCGCAGACGUGUACCCUUCCAACUAUCCGGACUCCCUGAAGGCGCUGAACAUACAGUUCAAAACAAUCUUUGAAAGUAUCAACUACGAGUACGCAGAGGGUAUUUUGCAGUCCAUUGAUGAACUUCUCCUGUUCAGGUUUAGCGCAAUCUGGGCAGCCAACAGGACCCAGAGAAUAGCAGCGAUGUUCUACGUCACGGAAAAGUACAUCUACGUGUAUAUGAGUUUCCUGGGAUUUUCACAUCUUUCAAGAAGACCAAUUGAUUCCUACAGCUCUGUUGAGUACGAUACCGGUGUGAGAAACGUCAUUAAACUGCACACUUUGGACGGACUGCACUUGAAAUUCCACGUCUUCUUUGCCAAUUACAAAAUGGUUGCUUCAAAGUUACAGUACCUGAUUGAAGCGCGCCAAGGUAAGACAAAGAAGACUACAGAGGAGAUUAUAACUAAAUUCCAAGAAAUCGCCGAGGUGUACCAGGAACAAGAGGGGAGCGAUAGAAAGGCAUUCUUCAAUAAGGAAAGUGAAAUUGCAAACACUUUGGGGAAAACUUUCUGGAAUAUUAACACAAGUUCCAAGAAAUUGAUGGAUAGGUGCAAGAACAUUCGGAAAAAUUACACGAGGACUUACACCAAAUGCUACCCUAUCUCUAGUAAAGGUUUGAUGCACAUUUUGUUUGGUGACCAAUCCAAGGUAUUCCCAGAUAGUUUGUUUUUCGCCGAUAGAAACAGCAACUAUAACACCAAUUGGUACUGGAAGAAAGUGGAAAUCAGCAAAGGUACUUACCAACUAGUGAGAUCGAUCCAAUUCAACUUGAACAGAACAGAUAACUUCCUAUCUGAUAAUGCACAGGAAUUGUCGACUAACCAGAGAAUCAUAAGGAUGAUCGAGAACAGGUACUACGAGGUGGACCAAGAUCCCCUGGUGAUGAAGAUCCCUUUCUGCCACCCGCUGAAGAUAGCAGCCAAGUACGUGAUCACUGAACCAGCGGACCCGGAAAGUAGUGCGAACAGCAAGCUACAUCUUUCCUCAAACGAAUCCGUCUUUCACACGAACUACAAGAUAGAGUAUUUGGAAACGAAGACUCCGACAUUUGUUGAAACUGUGGUGAAGAACUUCAUAGAACGGUUGACAUACAUGGAGUUUAAUAUGAUCUGGCGUGCUGUUCAUUACUAUCUGGAGAGAAUUGGUACCCAUAGCAAAACUGUGAAGGCUAUGAAAUUAGGUGGCUUGAUAGGUGUAAUCUCGAACACGGAAGAUGCGGAGAAAGAACCAACUGAGAAAGAUGAGGAUAAUGAAACCAGUGGUGAACCCUUGGAGGAAUGGAAUAGCGAGACGAGGGAAUCUGAUACAAACUCGGAGAAAAUGGCCGCGGAGCUUUCCAAGGACAUGGAAGUCUCCGCGGCCAAGGACAUGGAGGCUAAUAUGAAUCAACGGGCGACUUACGAUGUUACGUACUCCGUGUCGCUUCUGCUCAAAGUCCUUGCGAAACUGAUUGUUAGCCGUAUCGUCCGCACUUUCUUCAUUGUCUUGAGGCUGCUGAUUGUUGGCCUGAGCUUUGUUGGAACCGCGUUGUCGCACAUCAACAAGACAUUGUUGUUGGGCCUCCUUGUUUCUAUUAUUUUCAAUUUGUUCUUUUCCGGUAGGUCGACGAUGAAUUACUGGUCCGUGAAAAAGGCUAAUAGUAUCUUCAACGAUUUUGUCGCUGGUAACCAGAAGAGCACGAUGGAACGUGCACUGUACAUCAAAGACAUGGAUCUUUUAACGGACUACUUGUCAAACUCGGACAGUAACGCUGCCUUCAAGAAGUUCAACGAGGAACUGAGUACCAGCCGCGGGAACCAAUACGGGGAGUCCAGGAGACAAGUUGCCGUUAGAAGAAACGAACUGUUGGUUGAACUGCGCAUCUUGCAGAAUAUGGAGAAGGAGAUCCUUCAUGGUGACUACCGGAAGUUUUUGAUCCAAGAGAUUGAGAAGUGUCGCAAAGUUCACGCUGAAUAUCCUAAAGUGUGGGUUGAGGACCCCGUGCUGAAAAAGUACUGUGACAGUUGUAAUGAAGAACUUCAGAACUUGAGUUCUAAGUUGUUGUAG